CUAGUCACUUAUCUCUAGUAGCAGUGCAAAAAGUAGCAGUAUAUUGUAAAAACCAAACAAUGCAGCGAAAACUGAUUGUGUACAGCGUGGUUUUAUCGUUUCUAAUCGUUAAUCCCGUCACGCAAGCCAUACAGGCGCGCAGCGACAAGGAGCAGCCCCAAACUGUAGUCUCGGGCACAGCUGUGCAAUCCGUUGUGCCAGUACAAUCGCAAUCCCAGCCACAGGCGGGCACCAAUUCCCAAGCAUCGUCCAAUUUCAAUCCUCUCGGGCCUAAUGUGCUGUGCUCGUUUUUGCCGCGUGACUUUCUGGAGUGCAAGGAGCCUAUCGAUCAUAGAAAUAAUGAGACGGCAUGGAAGGAGAAAGGCUACGGCUGUUUGCAUUUCGGUGGCUCCUUCUACGCGGAUGUUGAGCACACAAGAGUCCAGUGCACGGUCUACACCGACAUCGAUUGCUAUGGCGCAAGGACCUUCUUUCGGGACGGUGUACCGUGUGUGCGCUACACGGAUCACUACUUUGUGACCACAUUGAUAUACAGCAUGCUGCUUGGCUUCCUUGGCAUGGACCGCUUCUGCCUGGGACAAACGGGCACCGCAGUGGGCAAACUGUUGACGAUGGGCGGCGUGGGUGUCUGGUGGAUCAUCGAUGUGAUAUUGCUGAUAACGAAUAACCUGCUGCCCGAGGACGGCAGCAAUUGGAAUCCCUAUGUUUAAUCAUAACGAAUAUACAUAUGUGCCUUUGUGAUAAUACUAAGUAAUAAAAGUCCUGUAAAUAUACACAUAUUCAUCGUAUUCGGACAUCUCUGAGUAUGAAGUCUUUUAGUACCUAAGCUCAAUAUAUACAUGUACAUAUAAAUAUCCCAAUUCUUUUUAAAUGAAAUCUACAAAAUAAAUUGUAAACUGAUAAUACCACUUAAAGAAAUCUGUUUAUCUGUCUAUAUGUUUAAGUUCAUCGAAAUAGAUUUAAACAUAAAAUGUAAUAUAAAUAAUUUUAAUGAACGAAUUUAA